CGCUAAUUGCUAAAAUUGGCAGUGCUUGCUGCAUCAGCGGUAAAUUAGUGCUCAUCUGGCGAAUGACCGUUACAGGUAUUGGCAACAAUGGGCUCUCGAGCAAUGCAGGGUUCUGGCUGAGGGGUGUUUCAGGGUUUUGAGGAAUAAAAAGAAACAGGAUGAUCUUCGUUUUAUGGCGGUUGAGAUGAUAAGACUUGACAAGCUUUUAUACCAUAUAUCGUCCGCACGGUUCAUGGGUUUGUUUCUUGUAUCUUCUUGUCUUAUUGAAAUGGAAUAAUCCCGUUUCUGGGCAAGUACUUGCUUGACCCUACGCUUCUUGACUGAGUGUGUUAUCACUUCACUACUAUUUUGAUUCAUACCGUUUAUGAUUGACGACCUUGUCCAACAAAAUCACCACAAUGGCAAGCAUCGUCCCCAACCCUCUAAACCGCUUCCGCAAACACGACUCCCAUAAACCCCUCCACGCCAGAUGGGGCGAUGUAUCCAUCACUGCACCAACAGAAGGAUCAUGGUGCCAAUACGAUAACCCGCAUAAACCCGCACAACGACGACUAGGCUACGGACCUGGAUAUGUCCCCGAUGGGCUCCGUCGAGCAUCAAUCUCGCCGGCCCAACACUAUGAGGAUGACGAAGAAGAUGAAGAAGCCCUCAGGACAGAACAUAACACAUCGUCACGACGAAUGAGCACAUUAAACCCCCGACGCUUAUCAAUGCAUUUAUCACGGACAAAGUCUCCAGGCGGACAACAAAAGCAACAACAACGCCCCCGCGGCAUCGACAGAACGGAAUUCGCCUACAAACCGAUUAAACAAGACUACUCCACCGAAGUCGCUGACACAGCACACAAACGCGAGUCCCGAUUCCGGUAUAUCCCCACUAGUCCGCAGUAUUUCGAAGAGCCUGAGCGCAGUCAGUCAGUUAGCUCUGGUUCUGGCUCUGCUUCUAGCUCUAGCUCUAGCUCGUAUGGCUAUGGAUAUGCCCAUCUUUCUCGGAGCGGGAGCCCCCUACGCUAUGGUGUCGGUGUUGAUGAUGAGGUUGAACUUCAUCGGGGACAGAGAGAUAGGGCGAGUAGGGUAUUUCCCAUGGGUUCUUCUACGAUCUCGGGACAAGGGCACGGGCACAGACAGAGCAAUGGGCUGUCAGUGUCGGAGGAGAGGAAGAAGAGGUAUUCAACAAGGCGAUUGACUACGGUUAUGGUUCCGGAUCCUGAGGAUAUGUAUGGUUGAUGAUUAUUGGGUUUCUGGUUCUGGUGUUGGGGUUUGGUUGACGCUUUAGGGUAGGAUGUUUUGAUUUUGGUUUGGCGUUAUGGUUAUUAAUUGGGAUUGGGAUUGGGAUUGGAGUUGGGCUUAGUGUAAUUGAAUGCAAUACGAUUAUCUAUCUAUGGAGU